AUGACAUGUUCAGAUUUGGCAAACGAUAUUACAAGACUUGUUUAUGCUGAAUAUGUGAAGUUGAAACCCACCAACAAACCCAAAGUGAAAUCCAACGGAAUCAGAGAAUGCACAGUAUUGGCCUCAAUAGUAGCGGUACGUAAUGACGGACAAUCUAUUGAUGAUUCAUUACAUAUUCUUACAUUAACCACUGGUGUGAAAACUGUCCCUGAUUUGGAGAUUGCUAGAAGUAAUGGUAAGAUGGUUCAUGACUCACAUGCCGAAAUACUGGCAAUUAGGGGGUUUAAUGUUUUUCUCUUAAAUGAGAUGAUCCAAUUAAAGAACGGGGAAAAUUCUCAAUAUCUUUUGAAGAGUAUUAGAAAUAGUGAUAAUGGUGACAUUUCGAAAUAUCGGUGGAAUUCCCAGUGGUCUUUAGCUUUAUUUAUUUCUAGACUACCUUGUGGGGAUGCCAGUAUGGAUGCAAUGGAAUCCUCGUGUUUUACAGAAGAUGAAAGACUAGUCAAUAUCUCCGAUGAUGAUCCGUAUCAGUAUGUGAUACCAUCAAAGAACCAGACUUUGCGUGGCCGAUUCAACUUCAAAAAGAAAGGAUAUGUAAGGACAAAACCAGGACGUCAAGAUUCUAAAAUGACAUUAUCUAAAUCCUGUUCUGAUAAAAUUUGUCUUCGGCAAGUGAUUUCAUUGAAUAAUGCUCUCACAUUUUGUUUAAUGGAUACCCCGGUAUAUUUAAAAUACAUGAUAAUCCCAGAUAUUGACAAACAGUCAAAUAAGGCAUUACAUAGGUGUUUUCAAGAAAGAUUGCAAAAUUGUUCGUAUCCUGUUCAUUCUCUGGAGAUUGUGUCAAGUCAAGACUGUUUUAUUGAUGAUAUCUCUAAGGAUAAAGAGCCAAGUCCAAUCAGUGUUGUAAAAAUAUUCAAUGAUCCAGAGUGCCGUGUUUUAGAGCAAGCGAUUGUCAAUGGAGUUAAGAAUGGAACCUACACAAAGCCAGGCAAGCCGUUGCGAAGGGGUUGUGAAUCAGUAGUCAGUAGAUAUGGGCUCUGGAAAAAAAUUACAGACUUAUUUCCAAACAGGGAUUUCAACAGCUAUACAUAUGAAACAUACAAAAAAGAAUUUAGUAGUGAGAAUAAAAUAAGAAAUGAUAUGAUCCUAGCAGUUAAAAAAUGUCUAACAAAAGGAGAAGAUUGGAUUUGUACUCAUAGAGACGAUUUCAAUCUUUAA